AAUACGGCUGUGUGUUUACACUACAGUGAGGCUGGUUCAUCCAGGAGCUGCUGUGUCACAUCAGUGUUGACAGAUGGAUGAUAAUUAUUGUGUUCAUACAGAUAGAUAUAACUUUAUUAAUCCGGGAAAUUGGGGAAUUUGUUCGAUAAUUUGGCCCUCUGUAUUAUCAAUAAUCUAAAAAAAAAAAGAAAAAAAAAAGCCAAACAUACGAUAAUUUCACCAUCCCGUGAACGUGUGGUUGUAAUCGGAGAUUUUUUUUUUUUUGGGGAACCCUGAAGGCAUCUGUUUCCAUGUAUCAAGUUUCCAGCCAAUCAUGCUUUUCUAAAUGUGAGCUACGAGUGACGUUUAUGUUUUGGCCUCAGAACUACGAGCAUGAUUGGCUGAAUGGUCUGUGGUACCUGCCUCACGAGACGCUUUAGUCGGGACCAGACCGUAGUCGAUCGACGAAAAUUAAAAAAAAGAGGAAACUAAGGAAAAGAAAAAGGGAAGAGGAAAGAGAAGAAUAACUCAGGGACAACGAGAGAACCUCGGGAAAGCGCCGCCAGCACAGUGACGUCACAUCAGUCACUGUCACUCCGGCCUGGACCUCACGGAGAGGAUGAACAACGGCUGCGCAGAAAACACCGACACAGCUGCUCCACAGAGCGAGAAGAGGAGCACAGCUGAUCAGGCUCCGAGCUGCACCACAGGGACUGAAGUGGCCCGAGCCAGAUGGCUGCUGUUAAAACAGGUGUUACGUCAGAAGCAGGUGAACAGUCCGCAGGUCAAACAGGCGUCCGUUCGCAGGUUUGCAACGUUUGACCUUUUCAACAGGAGAAGGCUGCCGUCACAUGACCCCACCGAUACCUCAGGUGACCAGUGGGUGGAGUACACGAGCGUCUACUUGCCAGAGUUCAGUGCCUUACUCAGGGAUGAUCUGGGUCCUCUCAAAGUCCAGGAAGUUCUGAACAGUUUUGACAACACCGGUAACAUCUGUGUGUGGCCCUCAGAGGAGGUCCUGGCCCAUUACUGCCUGAAGAACCCUCACAUGUUCAGAGGAGCAGUGUGUGAGCUCGGAGGAGGGAUGACUUGUCUGGCAGGAAUAAUGGUGGCUCUCUGUGCUGACGUGGAGGAAGUUCUUCUGUCUGAUGGAAAUGAAACGUCCAUCCAGAAUGUUGCAGCCAUCGUGGACAGGAACAGGACAACAGGGAACUUUGGAUCCACACGUGUUUCCUCCAGGGUGUUGAGGUGGGACGACCAGUCGGACAUCUCAGCCCUGGACGGUCACUUUGAUGUCGUCAUGUGUGCAGACUGUUUGUUCCUGGACCAGUACCGGAGCAGCCUGGUGGAGGCGCUGAAGAGAUUACUGUAGCCACACGGUCUGGCUCUGGUUCUGGCUCCACACCGAGGUCGGACUCUGACUCAGUUCUGUGACCUGGCCCAGGAGGCUGGACUGUGUGUGUGUGUGCAGCAGCAGUACGACCCUCAGGUCUGGGAGGUUCACCAGAAGAUGCGGUUGGAGGGCAAGGACUCGUACGACGAGAACAUCCACUACCCCCUGCUGGUCACUCUGACCAGAGCGGCCGAGGGCGUCAGCAGAACUCAGUGUUAGAACGGACACGGAGCACGGCCCGUCGUCCGUCCUGUGGACGUUGACCUUCUGACGACCUUACUGACUGUUCUGUUCUUUCCCACGGUCCAAGGUCAAUGUUGAGAAGUGGAACCUCAUCACUGUCCCCAGUGGUGGGACGGGCCUGGAACUUUUUACAGUGCGUGUCAAAGGUCAUGACGUGGUCCAGGACUGGUCCAGUGGUGUUGACGUCACUGUCACUGUACUAACAACAGUGCAGUGACAGGAUGGACACACAGGUGUCACUGUGUCCAACUCUUCACUGUGGUGCCCCCCCCCCUCCACCUCCCCCUUUCUUUAUUCUUCCCACUGUCCUUGAUCCAAACACGACCUUUGAACUGUGGACUAGACGUCAGUGUCACCGUAGUGAUGAUGGGUUUGAACUGUACGGUCCAGCAGUGAGUGUGUGUGUGUGUGUGUGUGUGUGCUUGUUCUUCAUCCUCACUCAGUGCUAUGAUAUAACAGUGUUACUGUGACAGCAGUGAUUUAUUACCGUUGUUAUUACUGCUGAUAAUAAUGGUAAUAACAUGGAAUCAGUGUUUACAUGAGGCUGACUCUGAGUCAGAAUAAAAACAGGACUUUGUUAUGAAAUGUAAUGAAGAGUGUGUGUGUGUGUGUGU